ACGGUGCUUCCCGUAAUAGCUCCCCGCUCCUCACUACCCAACAGGGAAGGCGAAGGCCCAGCGGCCAUUUUACAGAGGCGGAGCUCCUCCUGCCGGGCGGAGCCGCCUUUCGCCGUGUGCCGCCAUGGCGGACUGGGGGCGAGGACAGAAUGCGGUUGCUAUGGAGGAUAUGCUGGACGUGGAGAACAAGCGCAUGACAGACAACCUGGCCAGCAAAGUCACCAGGCUGAAGUCGCUGGCUCUGGAUAUUGAUAAAGAUGCUGAUGAACAGAACCGUUACCUGGAUAGCAUGGAUUCGGAUUUUCUGAGUGCUACUGGGCUGCUGACCGGCAGCAUGAAGCGAUUCAGCACCAUGACACGCUCUGGGAGGGAGAACCGCAAGUUACUCUGCUUUGUUUCUGUAGGACUGGUUGUUGUUUUCUUCAUCCUCUACUAUCUUGUGUCCAAAGCUGGGACUUGAUCUUGGUUCUUGCGUAGUUUUACUGAACUAAAUCAAUGUGAUUGACAGACUUGUUCAGCGCCUUUCUAGAUCUGCCCUGCUUUGGGAUCCUUGGGACUUCCCAACAGACAUUCCAGAUAACUUUUAACCAGUGUUUUGUCACCAUUCUGGCUGGUCUUGGAGGUAAAAUGAGUAUUUCACUGACAGCACAUCCACCAGGCUGCUCUGGAUGACACAUCCCACCGCACAUAUAGACCCUGCAGCACCCAGACCUGGAAGAGCUCAGUCAGCCCCUGGGUGAUGCCACUGUUGUUCAGCUCCUGCAGCAUCACAUCUGUCACCUUUCCUUGGCAGCUGCCUGCCCUGCAAAGACCAUUCUAACUGGAUUUCCACAUAUCACCUGAUUUUGAUGUUCAUGCCUAUAUCUCUCGUCUCAUCCAUGUCUUGCAGCCAGUUCUUAAGGGAUACUUUUGUCUUACCUCCAUUACUAAUACCUGGCAUAUCUGACAAAUCCAGAUGGUUAUCAAUACAGGUUUAAUAAAUCAGAGGUUUGGAAGCUGCAAA